GAGCGUUAUGACAUGAUUUUAAAUCGAUAUUUGAAAGAUUUAAUGAAAAAGUUUGGUUUAUAUGCAGACUAAAUAUUAAAUUGCUGAACUAUAUUGCACCAUAGAAAAAGUAGCAAUGCACUUUUUCUGGAUUUGUUCUGUACUAAUUAUAUAUGGAACCCGUCCUGUAACAGGUGCGAACACCACUGUUAAAACUCCAGCUGUGACAGAUUGUAGUUCUCCUUCUAUAACUAAUGGAAUAGUACAAUUUUCGAACAGUACCUUCAUCGGAUCAGUUGCUACCUUCAUAUGUAAAAAGCAAUACUAUAUCAGUGGUACAUGUGAACAGAACACCACAUCUCAAUGUUUGGCCGGCGGUAAAUGGAGUGUACCGACACCAAGCUGUAUAUCAAAAGGCAAUGGAGUAUCAUUCAACAUCUCUAAAAAUCCAUUCAUCGAAGAAUCAAAUGACAAUAUAGUGAUGAUGUGUUAUUCUACAUUUGAUCUUAGUAAAAUCACCGUCCACCAAAUCGAAUUACGUAGAAAGCUUCCAACUAAAUCAGCAUGGGAUACCAUAGCAACAUUAAACAGUACAAAUAUACUCGCACCAAACCUAUCUAACAAUCUUGCCAUGAAAUCAAAUAUCGUGGGCAACUACAGUUCAGGUGCAAACUUAAAGUUGACUGUCAAUGAAUUAUUUCUUGAUUGUGAUGAUGUAUCGUUAUACCAAUGCUAUAUAUCAUACACGACUGACGAAGGACAGUGUUAUGGGGAGAUAAAUAAACAGUUCAAUGGAUUCUUUUUUCCGAAGAAUGUAAGUCUUGAAGGAAAGAAGAAUGGUGUUUCCCUCGGAAGUUCAAGUAUCACAUAUCCUGCACAGCUUAAAUUAGGUGAUACGCUUGAACUUAAUUGUACAGCACAAAUUGGUAAUGAUAAUAAAAGAACAAUCUCCUGGGAGUCAUCCACCUCUUUAUCGGAUGGCGCAUUAUUACCUGGUGGACCCAACGGAGAAACAACACCAGGAACAGUUGGAAAUUACCAUGACUGUCAAUACACUCGGAGUGCUACAAUAAAUCAUAUAAUAGAUACAACAGACCUUUCAACAGGUAACCGCUCAUUCUCAUGUCUAGUGCAUAUCGAAACACCUGACGGACUUUACACAAGGGAUUUCAAGGCAGACAAUGAAUUGCAUGUGGAAAUUUACUCGACGUGUCCUCGACCACCCCCACCAGCACACGGAUCUAUUGUAUUAAAAGGAGGUACAAGAGAAAAUUCUACGGCAUAUCUGACGUGUGAGCCUGGGUAUUCACGAUCAACAGGGUUUGCUACUUGUACAAGGUCAGGGAAGUGGGACGUUGCAAUGAUAUGUAAUCCAAGCGGCUGCAAGAAAAUAGCUGCACCGUUACAUGGUUCGAUCUUAAACAAAAACAGCACAUUAAUUAACGACACCGCCGAAAUUACAUGCGAUGACGGGUACCAUCUGAAUGGACGAAACAUUUCAGUGUGUCAAGCUAAUGGGACCUGGAGCAAUACAGAUAGUACAUGUGUGACAGGCUGUGAAAAAUUACCAUCCCUGACAAAUGGAAUUAUCACACUGAGCAAUUUCACAAACAUCAACUCAACCGCGUCAUUUUCAUGUUACUAUGGAUACGAAAUGAGAGGAAAUGGUACGUCUACAUGCAAAGAUGGAGGAUGGGAUCACCUACCACCUACGUGCAUUGCAAUAAAAUGUCCAAACCCUUUACCACCUGCAAAUGGCCUUGUCAGUCUCAACAAUGGUAGCACCCGAGUCAACAGCUCAGUAACAUUCUCCUGUUAUCCUGGGUACAAGUUAGUUGGGACAGUAACAACUGAAUGCAUCCUAAAUGCCACAUGGCAGGGCAUUACGCCAUCUUGUAUAGUACAAAAUUGUUUGUUCCCCUCAGUUCCGGAUAAUGGUUAUAUUAGGAACAUGACAAGUUAUGCAGUUAAUUCAACAGCUGUUAUGUCUUGUAACGCAGGAUAUAAUCUAACUGGAAAUGAUACUAUACAGUGUAUGGAAAAUGCAACAUGGAGUACAUUGUCAGCUGUCUGUAGUCUAAUAGAAUGUCCCUUCUUGCAAAGAUUUGUAAAUGGCAGGCUCAACAUCUCCUCUACCAAUAGAUAUGUCAAUAGUACCGCAGAAAUAGUUUGUGACCUUGGAUACAUACUUGAUGGUUCAUUAUCUGUGGAAUGUCAAGAAAAUGGAACGUGGGAUAUAUCAUCCGCAAUAUGUAUUCCUAAAAAUUGCUCUUCACCCCCAGUUCCGGAAAAUGGCUACAUUAGGAUAAUAACAAGUUAUACAGUUAAUUCAACAGCUGUUAUGUCUUGUAACGCGGGAUAUAAUCUAACUGGCAGUGAUACUAUACAGUGUAUGGAAAAUGCGACAUGGAGCCCAUUGUCAGCUGUUUGUAGUCCACUAGAAUGUCCCUUGUUGCAAGCAUUGGUCCACGGCAGGCUCAAUAUCUCCUCUACUAAUAGACAUGUUAACGAUACCGCAGAAGUAGUUUGUGACUUUGGAUAUGUACUAGAUGGAUCAUCAAUUGUAGAAUGUCAAGAAAAUGGAACGUGGGAUAUAUCACCGGCGAUAUGCAUUCCUAAAAAUUGUACAUAUCCACUUGCUCCAAAAAACGGCUACGUCAGGUCUACCACAGGAUUAAGCAUGAAUUCAACAGCUGUAAUAGCCUGCAAUGUAGGAUACAAUCUCACUGGAAACGGUACAAUAAAAUGUACAGAAAAUGCAACAUGGAGUACCCUCUCAGCUCAUUGUUCUUUGAUAGAAUGUUCUGCACAACUCUCGCUGGCACAUGGCUUGCUCAACAUCUCUCUCGGCAAUAGAUAUGUCAACAAUUCAGCAUCAGUACUAUGUGACCUUGGAUAUGUAGUCGGUGAUUCCACAAUGUCAGCGACAUGUACUCAAAACGGAACGUGGGAUAUAUCGUCGAUACUUUGCAUUGCGAAAAAUUGUUCUUCACCACAAGUUCCGAAAAAUGGCCACAUAAGGACAAUAACAAAUCAUGCAGUUAAUUCAACAGCUGUAAUGUCUUGUAACCCAGGAUAUAAUCUGACUGGCAAUGAUACUAUACAGUGUAUGGAAAAUGCGACAUGGAGCCCAUUGUCAGCUGUUUGUAGUCUACUAGAAUGUCCCUUGUUGCUAGCAUUGGCACAUGGCAGGCUCAAUAUCUCCUCCACUAAUAGACAUGUCAACGAUACCGCAGAGGUAGUUUGUGACCUUGGAUAUGUACUUGAUGGUUCAUCAACUGCGGAAUGUCAAGAAAAUGGGACGUGGGAUAUAUCACCGGCGAUAUGCAUUCCUAAAAAUUGUACAUAUCCACUUGCUCCAGAAAACGGCUACGUCAGUUCUACAACAGGAUUAAGCAUGAAUUCAACAGCUGUAAUAGCCUGCAAUGUAGGAUACAAUCUCACUGGAAACGGUACAAUAAAAUGUACAGAAAAUGCAACAUGGAGUACCCUCUCAGCUCAUUGUACUUUGAUAGAAUGUUCUUCACAACUCUCACUGGCACAUGGCUCGCUCAACAUCUCUCUCGGUAAUAGAUAUGUCAACAAUUCAGCAUCAGUACGAUGUGACCUUGGAUAUGUACUCGGUGAUUCAACAAUGUCAGCGAUAUGUACACAAAAUGGAACAUGGGAUAUAUCGUCGAUAUAUUGCAUUCCAAAAAAUUGUACACAGCCAACUCCACCAGAGAAUGGCUUCAUAACAUCUAGAACAGGAUUAAGUGUGAAUUCAACUGCUGUUAUGUCUUGCAAUAAAGGAUACUAUCUUACCGGGAAUAACAAGACAAAAUGUACAUAUAAUGCCACUUGGAGUCCCUUGUCUGCUAAUUGCAGUUUGAUAGAAUGUUCUUCGCCGCCGUUGCUGGUACAUGGUAUGCUGAACAUUUCAAAUGAUCACAGAAAUGUCAAUGAUUCCGCUACAGUAGUUUGUGAUCCCGGAUAUGAAAUAAAGGGCUCAUUAACAGCCGUAUGCACAGAAGACGGAACAUGGGAUACAGCAUUGACAACAUGCAUCCCUACAAAUUGCAGUAUGCCUGUAAAGCCAUUAAAUAGUGUUGUGCAAGUUAUUGACGGAUCUGCAGUAAAUUCCACAGCUAUUGUUACUUGCCAUGAAGGCUAUGAUUGGACUGGAGAGACUGAAAUCAUAUGUCUUGAAAAUGGCCUUUGGAGCGAUAUCAAUGGAACAUGUGCGAUCAAAGAAUGCAAAAGUCCACAAGCUCCAAGAAAUGGUUCUGUUACGACAUCCGCUAGAAGUAUAUUCAAUUCAACAGCCUUUUUCAAGUGUGACGUUGGUUAUUACUUGCACGGAAUGAACUCCAGUACUUGCUCUUCCGAUGGAAAUUGGACAUCUGAAGCGCCAUUAUGUUUGCCAACAGAAUGUCCAAAAUUACCAAAACUAGAUUAUGGAACUGCCGAGCUUUCAAACAGAAAUUUAUAUAAAUCGAUAGGACGGUUCUCUUGUAAUGAAGGGUACCAUCUUGUUGGCUCCAGCGUGACAACGUGUUUAUCAACUGGAAAUUGGACUUUUUCUGUGCCUUUAUGUACACCAAAAGAUUGUACAAAUCCACUUGCUCCAGGAAACGGCUACGUCAGUUCUACAACAGGAACUAGCAUGGGUUCAACAGCUGUAAUAGCCUGCAAUGCAGGAUACAAUCUCACUGGAAACGACACAAUACAAUGUAGAGAAAAUGCAACAUGGAGUUCCCUCUCAGCUCAUUGUACUUUGAUAGAAUGUUCUUUUCUACCGUUGCUGGAACAUGGUAUGCUGAACAUUUCUAAUGGUCAUAGAAAUGUCAAUGACUCCGCUACAGUAGUUUGUGAUCCCGGAUACGAAAUAGAUGGCCCACAAACAGCCGUAUGCACAGAAGACGGAACAUGGGAUACAGCAUUGACAACAUGCAGCCCUAGAAACUGUGGUGUUUGGACCUAUACCAAUUCAAGUUGGGCAGAACUCAGUUUUGUAACAUAUUCUUCAAACACCACUUUCCGGUCGACAGCGAUUAGCUUCUGCAGAGAAGGUUAUCAGAUCAAUUCAACUAUGAGAAGUCUUGCAGCAACGUGCACAUCAAAUGGUACAUGGAGUGUACCAUCGCCACCAUUAUGUGUUGCAGUUGAGUGUCCCCCAAUCAUCGAAACUUCUGAAAACAUUACUAUUAAAUAUAGCAAUGGUAAGAGAAAUCCCGUAAACUCAACAGCAACAUUCGAAUGUCAAGAUCCUGACAGCACUAUUAAUGGUUAUGAGACUGUUACUUGUUUGUCCAGUGGAAAAUGGACUGGGCAAAGUCCUUCUUGUGUCAAAAUUGAGAAACACACCUUGCCCUGUCCAGAUGAAAAGGAUUAUCGUGGAAUGCACUGGAACCGAACAAAACCUGGGAAAAUAGGGACAAUGGGCUGUCCAGAAAAUUAUGCUGGAGAAAUAUCACGGCAAUGUAAUGAAAAAGGAAAGUGGCAGUUACCUGAUUAUAAUUGUGUUAGAAAGGAUAUAGAUAACAUUGAUAAGCAAAUUGAAGCCAUAAAAGAAAAUCCAUCAGAAGAGGUUGUUACAGAAGCGCUAGAUAAACUAAACAACGUAACAAAACCAACAGAGGUAGAAGGCGGUAUAUAUAGUGGCGAGAUUGAGAAAGUGACGUCAAUCUUAGACAAUAUUGCAGCCAUAUCUUUAAGUACUGAAGUGACAAACUCUCAAGCGGAGGCGUUCCUGAGUACAACAAGUAACCUGUUGGACACGAGUAAUACAGAAUCCUGGAAAACAUUAUCUCAGGAAGCAGAGGGUGGAGCCAAAGAAACACAUAAAACAGACGGAGCAGCAAAGAUUCUUGACGUGGUCAGUCGGUAUUCGGACGCCGUUACAGCAUCUCUCAAAAACUCAUCCAACCAAACAACAACAACAGUCGCUGUCAAAAACUUGGUUUUGCACGUGACAAAGAUCGAUGACAAAUCAAAUGGAGUCACGUUCCCGUCAAAAUCAGAGUCUAAAAUUUACAACAUGACAAGUUCUUUCCAUGUACCGAAACAGUCACUUAAAGGAGUGAAACAUGUUUCGAGCGUCCUCUACAAGAAUCUGACAGGAAUAUUGCCUUCUAGGACAAUUUCUGAUGGACAAGAAGAGAAGGACAAUAAACUAAAGAUAAAUUCUGCAGUGGUUUCUGUAAAAAUACAAAACUGGGAACAGAACAAAGACACUUUUCAUAUCAACCUGACAUUAGGUCAUUUUCAGGGAAAAUUCAAUAAUCCUCUAUGUAAUUUCUGGAAUGAAAGUGAGACAGCUUGGGAUAGAAAAGGGUGUAAUUUUACGCCUUCGUCCUCGUCGGAAACAGUAUGUGAAUGCAACCAUCUGACAAAUUUUGCGAUCUUAAUGAGCCCUUGGGAAGAAGAAAAUGUUGACACGAAGGCUAUUGAUAUCAUAUCAACUGUUGGAUGCAGUAUCUCAUUGGCUGCUUUACUCAUUACCAUCAUAGCCCAUAUUGCACUCUGGAGAUAUGUUAAAAGCGACCGUGUUGUGAUUUUAAUACAUCUAUCUAUUUCUCUCGUCAUAUCGUAUGCAAUCUUCCUCGGUGGUGUAGACAGGACGGAAAAUAAGGAUGCGUGUACAGCGGUGGCAGUGUUACUGCAAUAUAUCUAUCUAGUAGUGUUCUUUCUAAUGUUGGCGGAAGGAAUCGAGAUAUCAGUGACCGUCCUGUAUGUUUUUACCACAGCUUCUAGAUUAAAGUGGCUGUUACCGGCUGCAUGGUUGAUCCCGGCUGUUAUUGUUGGUAUAUCUCUAGGAGCUACACAGUUACAAGGAUAUGGAAAUGAACAAUUUUGUUGGUUAUCAGUUGAGGGAGGUCUGAUCUGGGCCUUUGUUGCGCCAGCUCUUACAAUUAUUGUGGUAAACUUUGUGCUUCUGAUUCUCAUUUUACGAGCUGCGUUUGGAGCUUCUACUCUGGCACAAAAAUCGAAAACGGAGAAAACAAAAGCUGGUGUAAAGUGUUUAUGUGUGCUGUUACCGCUCAUGGGUUGCACGUGGGUAAUUGGAAUAUUUUAUGUAAAUAAAGAUAUGGCGUGGAUUCAGUAUGUAUUCGCCGUUUGCAAUAGCCUUCAGGGCUUGGUCAUUUUUCUGUUUCAUUGUGCUUUAAACAAACAGAUACGUUUAGCAAUAGAAAGGCGACGACAGAAGUAUGCUAGCUCUAUGCUAUCGACAGUAUCCAGCACUAAAAGAUUUUCGAUGCCCAGGGCAUCAACAACAUCAUCCGUUUCUGAUCGGAUGGACAUGAGUCAAAGUAUUUCCAGGGAUGAUGCGUCAUUUAAAAACAAGAAUAGUUUUGAGAGAAGCAACUCUGAACGUAACACUUAUGAAAUGAUAUCAAGUAGAAGCCAAGAUUCGUCUCUAUUGCAGAAGCGCUUAUGAUACAAAUAAUGCACUGGCUGAAACUGAAUUUGUUUCUGCUGCCAGGAUUAUCUUGUAUUCGUCUGGAACACAACUAUAAAGCUGAUUUACUGACUUGUAUUUUAUUAAAGUAUUGUGAAAGAAAUACUGAAACAAAAGCAGUGAAAGGCUGAUGACUGAGGGUUUCCUAAGUAGAGUGAUAAAUUUUUGAUUGUUUAAAGUUUAUUUAGGUAAUAGAAGCCGAAUACUGUAAUAUAAUCUAAAUUCAUGGAACAACUGUUUAAUUGCUAAGCAGAGUCAUAAAAUGCUCGUGAAUGACUCGCAAUACAGUUAGUCUAUCAAUGAGGUCGAAUUUGUUUUCUAUUUUAAAGUCUAAUUUUAUUCAUGUCUAUUGAUUGCAAAUAUAAAUAAUAAAGAACGCAUAAAACCUAAAACCCUUAUGCGAAGUCCAGUCGGCAUAAAAAAAAGACUCAGUCUUUAUAAUUCUUCGCCAUGCGUAUUGCUCUAAUAUACUGCUAUAGAAUCCUGUAGUGUAUUUUCCCACAACUACAAGUGAAUGUUCUAAUAUUUUCAUAGAUGAUUCAUGACAUAGCGUAUAUUUACAACGUUCUCUUCUCACAUAACCACCUAAAUCAUUCCCCAAAUUAGUCCUUCAUUAUCUACCUGAAAGUUCUGGAACAAUUUAUCACAGAUAACAUAAAGUCAAACCCUUAUAUACCAGAUUCAAAAUACUGAAAGCUAAUCCUAGCAUUAGCACUAUCAGCUAGGUAGCCAAGGUUCUAUGCAUUUACUGAGCUCUAACUCUUGGAAUACAAAAUGGCCGUAGCUGACUCUAGAAUUUUUCAGGUAGCAAGGUACACUUCGGUUCGAACAUUUUGGGCACGGACAGGGUUACCUGUAGCGAGUCGUAAUAUUGCACUUCCCUAAAGAGCUGGAGCAGGGUGGCCAUUUUAUAAUUUGCCUGCAUGUUUUGUGCUUUCAAUCAAUGACAAAAUCAGUACUCUCAUACAAGAAUAAAGAAACUUAUCAAAACAAAUGUUGUACCCCACCCAUUGAAAAUAACACGCAAAAAUCACAAAAUUAGCACUUUUCAGAUAGCCUGCCACGAUCACGCUGCAAGAAUUAAGUCCAAUUCUUUUGCAAUCAAUUCAAUAGGCCCUACUGAACUACAGGAUAUGAAUGGAAUGGGGGCCCAUCCAGCUCGUUUAUUCACAAAACUUCAAAAAUGUACCUGAGUGUCAAUCAAAAAGCAUGAAACUCUUCAAUGUUUUGAUUUUCCCUCACCGGAAAUGACACAUUAAUCCAUACAAAGCUAGCAGCUGUUAGUUUUACAACUGAAUUCAGAAUUUUACAUGUAUCGGCUGUUUAAAGUUUCUAAAGAAUUAACAAUCAUUGUUUCUCACUGUAAUUUACAGACAUCCAAAAUCACCAUAUUCUAAUUAGUAAAAAUAUUGACGGGGGCCAAAAUUCGAAGUGUACCCUGCUACCUUAAGACUUUUUUUGAGGUUCUUGUUCAUACCUAUACCACUGUAUUCUGGUAAAAGAAUA